UCUGCUUUUUGUGGCCAGAAGUAACUGUCAAGGUUGGGUAAGAAGGGAGGAAAAGGAGAAACGCGAAAAUGUUCUUCCACAUAGUGCUGGAGCGAAAUAUGCAGCUCCAUCCACGCUACUUUGGUCGUAACCUUCGUGAUAACCUNGUUUCCAAGCUAAUGAAAGAUGUGGAAGGCACUUGCAGUGGUCGACAUGGAUUUGUGGUGGCAGUUACAGGGAUAGAAAACAUAGGGAAAGGGUUAAUUCGUGAUGGAACAGGGUUUGUGACAUUUCCAGUUAAGUACCAAUGUGUUGUCUUCAGACCAUUUAAGGGGGAGAUCUUGGAAGCUGUUGUCACCAUGGUGAACAAGAUGGGAUUUUUUGCUGAAGCUGGACCUGUACAAAUCUUUGUUUCCAACCACUUGAUUCCGGAUGAUAUGGAGUUCCAGUCUGGAGACAUGCCAAAUUACACUACUUCAGAUGGAUCUGUUAAGAUUCAAAAAGAUAGUGAAGUUAGACUAAAGAUAAUUGGGACUCGAGUGGAUGCUACUGAAAUUUUCUGCAUAGGUACCAUAAAAGAUGAUUUCUUGGGUGUGAUCAACGACCCUGCAACAGUUUAAAUACCCCUUUCUUUAUUCUUUUAUCGUAUAUAGUUUACAUGACUUGGGUUUUCCCACCUUGAAUCCUCCAACUAUAUUGUGUUGUAUUAGUCGACUGUUGAAAGUACCAAGUCGAUAAAUUUUGGUUCCAAAAUUAAUAUUCAACUCCACAAGUAAUUUUA